AUGCAGUCCCUACCUUUAGCCGUCUUCGCUAUACCGUUGUGGACGCUGCUGCCUCUCGGUGCUAGCGCCAUUACAGUGGAGGGAGAAUGCCCCGUCUUCUUCGAUGGCAUUCGGUCUUGCAUUCCCCUUGGGCCAAAGAGUUUUGUUCCCGGCGACGUUGCAGAAAGACUCAAUGAUGCGGCGUUCAAAAGCCCCGACUUGACUGUUCUCUCCGAAGUGCUCGACAGUGUUAGUGUCAUGCAAGAUGAGUAUUUUGCCGCUUGGUUAGGCACAUGGCCAACCUCCAUAGACUGGACUGGCGCUGUAAUAGGAACGCACGUUUCAGGGGCAUUGCGCAGCGUCUCCGAAGCGUUCACUUUACUCGAAUCGAGUGUCGAUGCUGUAGAGGAUUGGAAACUCAAGGAGAAUCUCGUAGAAAACUACUUCUCCCAGAUCACGGCCUACUAUUUCGGAGAGAAUGCCUUCGAGAUUAGGCAAGAAGCGUACGACGAUAUUCUAUGGGUCGUCCUGGGCUGGCUUGAGGCGGUGCGCUUCAUUCACGAUCACACGGACCUUCACUAUACAUUGCGGACGCAGAAUGCCAUCUCACAGGUGCGAACUAUGGACACUGUGGGUUCAUCACUACGUAACCAGUCCUGGCACGGAAACCUCUGGGUGCCCGCGUUCUCUCACCGGGCGCGCGUCUUCUGGGAUCUGGCGGAGAAAGGCUGGGAUACGAAACUGUGUGGCGGUGGCAUGACAUGGAAUCCGAGGCUCCUACCCUAUAAAAAUGCCAUCACCAAUGAGCUAUUUGUCGCCGCUUCAAUCUCAAUGUAUCUUUAUUUUCCCGGUGAUCAUAACGCGUCACCAUUUUCAGCAAAGGCAAAUGGGCAAGAUUUUGGUAGAUUGGGUGCCAACGAGUACACCAUCUCACGGGAUCCUAAAUUUCUCAAAGCCGCUGUAGACGGAUAUAAGUGGCUCAUUGGUUCUAACAUGACCAACCCCUACGGUCUCUUCACGGAUGGCUUUCACAUCAGCGGAUAUGCCAACCCCGCAAGUAACAACACGAAAUGUGACGAGCGCAACAACAUGGUCUUUACCUAUAAUCAAGGCGUUCUCCUGACAGGCCAGCGCGGUCUCUGGGAGGCCACAGGUGCCAUCUCAUAUCUCCGGGAAGGCCACCAGCUCGUCCAAAACGUCAUCAAUGCGACGGGCUACGAUCUCAAGCACGACAGAUCGCACGAGGAAUACUCGGACCUCGCCCCAGAUGCAAUACCUCGUUGGCACGGUCUCGGGCGGUUGGGCAUCAUGGAAGAAAACUGCGACGCUAGCGGCACCUGUAGCCAGGAUGGCCAGACAUUCAAGGGCAUCUUCUUCCAUCAUCUGACCUACUUCUGCGCACCGCUCAACAUACCGCCGCUCGACUUGGGAUUCAAUGUGGAUACCAAGUCCUUCGACGCUGUACAAAAGUCCCACGACGAGGCCUGCGCGAGCUACGGCGGUUGGCUCAAGUGGAACGCUGAUGCGGCGUUAAAGACUCGCAGCAAAGAUGGUGUGUUCGGUAUGUGGUGGACAGCUGGGCUGUUGGCGAACUUCACUGGGACCUGGCCCAGUAUGGUAGAUGACGGUAUCGACCACCAAGAUGCCGGGAUCGACUACCGGAAUCAUGGCGUGCCGAAUGACACGACGUGGCGAGCCGCCCCGCCGAACAAUAUAAUGGAUCCGGAAAAAAAGAUGCCCAUAAAUGUCCCAGUAUUGGCGGUCGAUGAAGCCAAGCAGGCGCAGAAGCCCAUUGACGCGGAAGAUGCAAAGCGUACUGAGUUGCAUAAAAAAGAGGUAACACCGGCCAGAGAUCCCAAUAGAAGGGGCCGAGGACGUACCUUAGAGACGCAGGGCAGUGGGCUGGCGUUGCCCCAGACCAUCACCAUUCGUUCCCAGCGCACCAUGCCGUUCACCGUUUUUGGUGUCAAAGUCACCGUUCGGGAGCUAAUUGGUUGCCUCAUCCUCUGGUUCAUACUUCGGGAGAUAUUCGGCGACGAAUUUGGUCCCUACCAUUGGAUCUGGGCUGUUGGCCCUGUUACCUUGGAGCUUGCUUGGCUCCUUCUUGUUUUUCUCUACUUCCACACCCUUAGAACCUGCGACUAA